ACAUCGUAUUGUGAAGCUGUGCUGUUUGUUUCACUGCAAUGUGAGCCACUACAGUGAAGUCUGUACAUGACAAAAACCUCCGCUGCUUCCAGCUGUUUUCUUAGCCGCUGCUGGAUCGCCUGCCAACCCCCCCUCCCCGCCCCAGGUGGAUGGAAUAUGAGAAGCAAACUUUUUAAGAAUGAAGAGGAGAAAAUUCACGUAGCACGUCUCUGUGGUCUGCUCGCAUCGCUGGAUCCGUGUCAUGAUUUGAGUCUUUAUUUUUCUCUUUUUUUUCUUUCCUCCGAGCCUUCCCCUUUCCCCCAUGUCGCCGGAGACGGGGGAGUCGACGUGCGUCCUUCUGGGAUGGGGGGGAAUGUAAGCGCGGUGACGCACGGUUGCGAAAUCGCCUGAUCAAUCGAGCUGAUAGCGAAUGAUUAACAAGUCCCGGGCGCAGGUAGGGAGCCGAUCGUAGCGUGGCUGCUCGAGCGCCGUGCAACACCCCCCCCUCCCUCCCCUUCCCAUUCCCCGCUGCUCUCAGCUGCUCCGCCAGCGAGCCAGUUCGGGGACUCGGCUUAGAUACUUUGUGUGUGUGUGUGUGUGCGGGGAGUCCCCUCCACCCCGCAACCCCUGGAACCGCUAUGGAGGAGUGGAGGCAAUGCGGGCGGUGGUUGAUAGACUGCAAGGUCCUGCCCCCGAACCACCGGGUCGUGUGGCCCUCGGCCGCCGUCUUCGACCUGGCGCAGGCUCUGCGAGACGGGGUGCUCCUGUGCCAGAUGUUGCACAACCUCUCGCCGGGUUCGGUGGACCUAAAGGAGAUCAAUUUCAGACCCCAGAUGUCACAGUUCCUGUGUUUGAAGAACAUCCGGACGUUUCUCAAGGUGUGCCACGACAAGUUUGGCCUGCGCAACAGCGAGCUGUUCGACCCCUUUGACCUCUUCGACGUCAGAGACUUCGGCAAGGUAAUCUCCGCUCUGUCCCGGAUCUCCCACCACAGCAUCGCACAAAUCAAAGGCAUCAGGCCCUUUCCAUCAGAGGACACAGCUCUGAAUGAGGAUGAUGUGUACCGGAGCCUUGAAGAGCUGGCAGAUGAGCAUGACUUGGGUGAGGAUGACAUCUACGACUGUGUGCCGUGUGAGGACGAUGGGGAUGACAUCUAUGAGGACAUCAUUAAGGUGGAAGUACGACAACCCAUGAAAAUGGGCAUGACGGAAGAUGACAAGAGAAAUUGCUGCUUAGUGGAGAUCAAAGAGACGGAGGCAAAGUACUACAAGACAUUGGAGGACAUUGAGAAGAAUUACAUGAUCCCGUUGAAGCAGGUCAUGAGUCCACAGGACAUGGAGGCUAUCUUUGUCAAUCUGGAGGAUGUAAUCAAAGUCCACCUCGCCCUCCUGCGAGCCAUCGACCAGAACAUGGUCUGCGGAGGAAGCGGCCUGGGGAAGAUCUUCCUUGAAUUCAAGGAAAGGUUGCUGAUCUACGGUCAGUACUGCAGCCACAUGGAGAACGCCCAGAAGACACUGGAUGAGCUCAUAGCAACGCGAGAGGACGUCAAGGUUACCGUGGAGGAAUGCACUCUGAAGGUGCAGGAGGGGAAGUUCAAGCUGCAGGAUCUCCUGGUGGUUCCCAUGCAGAGGGUGCUGAAGUAUCACCUGCUGCUGAAGGAACUUUUGAGUCAUUCCGCGGACCGACCGGAGAGACAACAACUCAAGGAGGCUCUGGAGGCGAUGCAGGACCUGGCCAUGUACAUCAACGAAGUCAAGAGGGACAAUGAGACUCUGAAGAAAAUCAGCGAAUUCCAAAGUUCAAUAGAAAAUCUUCAGGUGAAACUGGAAGAGUACGGGAGGCCAAAGAUAGACGGAGAGCUGAAAGUGUGCUCCAUCGUCAACCGAACUAAACAGGACCGGUAUAUAUUCCUGUUCGACAAAGUGGUCAUUGUCUGCAAGAGGAAAGGCUACAGCUACGAGCUCAAAGAGAUUAUUGAACUGCAGUUGUAUAAAAUGUCGGACGACCCCAUGAACAACAGAGACGUGAAGAAGUCGAGUGGAAAAAUGUGGUCGUACGGUUUCUACCUGAUCCACCUGCAAGGGAAGCAGGGCUUCCAGUUCUUUUGUAAAACCGAGGAGACAAAGAGGAAGUGGAUGGAGCAGUUUGGAAUGGCCAUGUCCAACAUCAAGCCGGAGAGAGCCACAGCCAAUCAGCAUAACUUCCAAAUGCACACAUUUGAAAAGAACACCAACUGUCGCGCCUGCAAGAUGCUCUUGAGGUAACAACCCUGGGCAAUCUUCUAUCAGGGUUACUACUGCUCUCACUGUGGAACAGGAGCACACAAAGAGUGCCUGGAAGUCAUCACCAUCUGUAAAAUCAGUAAGAGCCACAGCGAGCCGCACUCUGUCCUCCACCUAACUGCUACUCUGGAUUCGGUUCCAGGGUCCAAGAUGGUGGCGGUGAGGAACUACCACGGCACGCCGGCCCCGACGAGCACGGCGCUCUGUUUCCAGACGGGGGAUUUCAUCGAGCUGCUGAAGGGGGAUCCUGACACCAACAUGUUCGAGGGAAAGCUGAUACAAACGCAGAAGAGCGGCUUCUUCCCUAGUUCCUGUGUGAAACCCUGUCUGGACCCAAAGCCCUUUCAGUCAUUAUCCAGCCGGCAGUCUUCAAGGGAAUCCGACUACUAUGGAUACCCUUGGUUCGCAGGCAACAUGGAGCGCAGCAGGCCGAUAACUUUGAAGUCCCACAGCAGCGGGACCUACCUUAUCAGAGAGAGGACGGCCGAGGCGGAGAGGUUCGCCAUCAGCAUCAAAUUCAAUGAUGAAGUAAAACACAUCAAAGUCAUUGAAAAAGACAACUGGAUUCACAUCACUGAAGCCAAGAAGUUUGAGAGUCUUUUGGAGCUGGUGGAGUACUAUCAGGCCCAUUCACUGAAGGAAAGCUUCAAGUUGUUAGACACCACGUUGCGGUUCCCCUACAAAUCUAAAGAACGCUCUCUAACACGAGCCAGCACACGCUCACCAGCAGCCACCUGCGCCUCCUACAACUUCUCCUUCCUCAGUCCGCAGGGCCUCAACUUCUCCUCUCAAAGCUCCGCUCCCUUUUGGAGUGUUGCACGGCCUCGGGUGGUCAGCACGGCGGUGGCCAGGUAUAACUUUGCUGCCCGGGACAUGAGAGAGCUGUCGCUGCGCGAAGGAGACAUUGUCAAAAUCUACAGCAAGAUCGGGGGAGACCAGGGCUGGUGGAAGGGAGAGGCCAACGAACGAAUUGGAUGGUUUCCCUCAACGUACGUGGAUGAAGAAGGAGUUCAGUGAGGGUCUGAUGCCGAACUGCUCCCUUUAAAUCAGGAACCAUCUUCCAUCUGCUGCUCUCAGUGACACUCACUCACUCCUUCUCCAGGAAAAUAACACAAGGAAGAAAAAAAAAAAAAAGAACAUUUUUUUUUUGUUGUUGUUGUUUUUGCUGGAAGCUCAUUUUUCAGUGAGUGUUUCUACCACGUUUCUCUAUCUUCAAUUAUGCAUCAGCUUUGCUUAUGUUUGUACAUUUUUUUAUGUGGCAGGGUGUCCUGUUUAAUUUCUGUACAGGUAGAGGGGAAAGAAGUGGCUUGCUGUUAGCCUCUGUGUGCUCCGCAGAUGCUUUAUUGAACUGAGGACACAGCUUGAAACAGGCUCCCCUUUGUUGCAGGUCCAAGCAAGGUGAAAUAAUUGUACAGUAUAGAUAAUUUAUUGAAUAGAGAUUAUUAUCAUUACUAAUGAUUAUUGUGGGGGGAAGUUGAUUUUAGCAGCAGCGAGGAAUCAGAGAAGAAAAACUUAAAUAAGAAAGUUAAAAAAAAAAGAAAAAAAAGACAGAUGUUCUGUUUUUAAUGUUCCGAGAUUUUGCCUUAGUUGUCAUGGUUAUGCCUUGUGGACUGACGCCAGUGGAGGGGAUCGACUUGGUUGACUGGUUUUACUUCUCCAUGUAUGCAUGUGCCCAUGUGCGGCCCACACACGCACGCACACACACACACACACACACACACACACACACACACACACACACACACACACACACACACACACACACACACACACACACACAGACCAAUGUAAAGUAUGGUGCCUUUGAACAAUGGUCGUUGCUUACUGAACCUCAACAUCAGCCAGUAAAGAACAUUGCCGUCACCAAAAAGACAGUUCGUCCACAGCCAGAGGACUUCACCGAGAAGGGGAGAGGCACUUAUACUACAUACUGGGGACGGCUCGCCUCCCGAGAGCCAGAACACAACGUGGGGAAGCAUUUAACUUAUUUCUACUGGAUGGACUCACAGAGACAGUCGGACGCUUUUAUAGCCAACAACACAGACACUGUGCACAUCAAUCUUGGCAUCACAAGUCAAUGGGUGCAAUCAGCUGGAUGCAAAAGGGAAACAUCACGACAUUCCACUGGACAACCACGUCACACUUUGAAAUCUUGGGUUAAUAAGUGUUUGAUUUUUCUUUUGUUGCACAGAACCAAGGUUGUUUUUUUUUGUUGUUGUCAAAACUGGAUCGUUUAAAGCCAAAUUCAGCAAUGUUUUAAUGUCUGCAUGGAUUGUUAUGAUUUUUGUACUUUGCCUUAUUUUUUACAGAUUGUCAGGUGACUGGAUUUCCCCGCCCCGUACCCCAAUGUUAAUCAUUUUUCAUGUAUGUAAUUUGGUGAUGUGCAGGCUGGUGAAAAUUAAACGGUGUCAGAAGACUUUUAAUCUGAUGGAAAGUUGAUGCGCUAAAGAAGUUUUGUGAUUUUUCUUUUGGGCGGUGCAAUGCUCAGUGUUUCCAUUUACUUCCAGUGAUUUCCUAAUGCCAUAAAUACAGAUUAACAGACAAUAUUCUCUGUUCUCGUAAUGCAGAUAAUUAAAGUUCAAAUUGUGUUUACAUUUAA